AUGUCUACACAAUUUGAAAGGGAAAACACCUCAAACAGUCAAGUGUUUGACGACAAGACACUAGCAGCUACAGCAGAAGCCACGACAGCAUCGGCAGCAAGAGACCGUAAUUAUUUCAAUAGUUCUGAUGAUGAGAAUAUAGACAGGUUCGAUGAUGAUGGACCCAUAUGGUUUGGUAGGAACCUGAACUCACAAAGAGGUGGCGCCUCAACUACUGCGCCCUUGCCAUCCUCAUCCUCAUCCUCAUCCUCAUCCUUUUCUUCAUCGAGGUCAAGAUCAGCGAAUAAUCGAGUUGUGGGGAUAUAUCUGCAUACAGCCCUUCCCUUACCACUGCCGCUGUUAAUAGAUCCUAAAUCUCAGGAUCUCCAACAUCCAGAUUCAUCCGAUACUACGUCAUCAAUCACACCAUCUUUGCGUUUCUCAAGGCCAGAUGUAAAUUUAAAGCAACCAUCGUCGGAACAGUUUGCUCCUGCUCAUUUACCAACGCCAAGCAAUAGCCUAAACUCUCACUCAAACUUGGAGCCAAACCUGAAUCCACUUCUGAACCCAGGUGCAAUCACAAAUUCAACUGCAAACACAAAUUCAACACCAAGCACCAAUGCAGAUAAUCAGCAGGACAGAUCCAACUAUGAAAGUAUUCUCAAAUUUCCCAUAGAGUCUUCGCACUCGUACUCAUAUGCACAUUUGUCACCCAAUUCACUUGCACUAAGGUUGAAUGUUUUAAGGAGAUGUUUAGAGAUUCUCAAAGACAGGCCUGAUUUGUUUAGAUCUAUAGCUGGAGGGAGUAGCAAUGAUGCGAAUGAAGAAGAGAUAGAUAAUGACAAUACCAACAACUACUACGACCAUGCCCAAGACGACCAUGUCCACGGCGAUGCAAAUAAUGACAACACCUCCUACCAGCGUUUCAAAUUUGAAGCACAGACGCCGCAUUCAACUACUUUAGGUAUCAAACCAAAGAAUAAAGUAUUUACACAACUCCAGAAUCUUAGUACAGAUUCUAUUUUGGACACAUCAUCAUCAUCAUUAUCGCCAACAACAUCAGCAUCUUUAACAGAAAAAACAAGCAAAAAGUAUAGAUUGCAAAACAAUGCAUCAUCUGCAGCCUUGGCUGCAUUAUUUAGACCUCCCUUGCCAAGGUCUGACUCUUUACCUAUUGAUACAACUCGAAGUGGGCUUCGAAAAGUGAGUGCUCCUUCAAAUUUGGAACAGAGUUCCACUGCCACCACUAAUAUCAGCACAGUCACCAACCAAAAGUACGAUGAAGACAAUUUAUCAACCAACGAUGGGUUUAAAGAUGUGUUGAAUCUUUUGGAAAAAGAUAUGGACUCUGUGAUGAAUAAUUAUGAGAUUGCAUCUACAUUACAUGAUCUUUCGCUAUCUUCGCAAGAAGAGCAGCACAAGAUCAAACAUGACAUGGUUAAAAAGAAACUUAUUUACGCAUUGGCAAUGCCAUUUCUUGAAACUUCAGUACAAACAUCAUCGCUAUUGGAGAGUGAAGAUGGUUCUGCAUUGAAACGCGCUGCAAUUAGACCCUCAACCACUGCAUUGAACUUGCUCAAUAAUAACUUACAUUCCAAAGCACUACCGCUGGGUGUACUGGCUGCACUGGCUGCACUGGCUGCACUGGCGCCAAUGACACCAUUGACACCACUGGCACCACUGACAGCUGCUGGACCACUAACGCCCGUAACACCAACGCUGGCAUUGCACGCGAUGCACCCGCUUAGCACCGAACAAUCAAAUGAACAUCCAGGGCGAACGUCACACAAUGGAGGAAAUACCAAGAAACGGCCUUUCCAAUCUAUGCUCACUAGCAAGUACUCAGCACCACAAUCCGUGUUCACGAUCGAGGCAGAUCUUCCAUGGUCCGUCAAGGCGGCAAAUGACUUGGCAUGCCUCAUGUUUGGAAUUUCAAAAACUACUAUAAAGGCAUUAACACUUAUGGACUUGAUUGCACCACAAUUUCGUGAUUUUGUUAUGUCACGGUUAACGAAAACGGCAUUUGAGAAUAGACGAGGCGAUCAUAACCUUUUUGCAGGAGAAAUAGUUGCCAUUAUCCGACCUGGGGACCAAAAUUUUUCGUACACUUCUCUUUGGGCGAAGAAAAAGGGGAAUUUGAUAAUCUUUAUGUUUGAUCAAGUGCCCUGCGAUGCUUUUGAUGCAGUCAUACUGCGACAAGAUGACGAUGAAAACAAUAACAACAACAACAAGAGGGAACAUAUUUAUGAGGAUAUAUUUACCAUACAGUCCGUCCACGAAGUUGCUGGAAACCUUGUACGUGAUCAUGAUUUGACUACAAACUUGAAAACACUAAGAGAGUUGAGUGAGUCCUUGGACUCAGAAUUGACUGAAUAUAGUAAAACUUUACCGAAAGACGAAGAUAAGAGUCGAGCACAAAGUCACUUUAUCAACCGUACGAGGUAUUUCACUCUUCAACUUGAAGAAGGCAACCAGAGUAUUCCCUGUGCCAUAACAUCUAGCUCAAUUCCUUUGAAUGAUAACAAGUCUGCCAUUAAACUCAAAAUUCACACAAUGCCUUAUGUUGCAGGUAUAUUUGUGCUUAAUGCGAGGACUUUUCAAAUAUUAUCCUGUAACAAUGCAAUUGCAAGGAAUUUAUUUGGAAGGUCAUCGGAAGAGUUGCAGGAUCAAUGCAUCAACGAAAUUAUUCCAAAUUUUAUCGAUAUUCUACAUGUCGGUCUUGAAACCAAUACUGAGACAUUCCAACUCACCACGGGGUUGGUAUUGCCUGAGCAUUUUUUCAGAAAAUACGAUGCGCUCAUCAAGUACCAGCAACUGUCUGACCUGACUGAAACUGAAGAAGACAUUUUCUUCAAGUCACAUGGUGUUGAAGGUAAGCAUCGUGACGGGAAGACCAUAUUUGUUGAUGUUCAAGCUCGAACUUCAGAUGAAGAUGCAUUGAUUUUGUGGGUGACUUACUCCAGAACUGGGCGAGCACGCAGUAUGAGCAAAGAGCUAGAUAAGCUAAGCUCAUCGACUUCGUCUAUUUCUUUAGCAUCGAGCGAUAAAUCUGCCGGGGCUACAACCAGCUCAACACGCACUAAAUCUCAUUCAAGUCAUGCGAGAUUGUCAGAUUUGGUUCUUACCCCAAAUCAGGCGCAGACUCAAACUCCCAAACAUGAAAAGACAGGAACAAACGAUUCAUUAUCGUCUAUCGGUGGACCUCUUCCUUCGCAGUUGAAGUUGUUUGACAAUGAAAAGGAAAAAGAGCUAUUGGAGUUUUCACCGCGAGAAGUAACGAGAGCGCUGAGUACUCGAAGGGUUGAUACAGUGAAUAUAUUGCCAAGAGCCAGUUUAGAUAGCUUUAUGUUUCAUGACCAAAUCGAAGAUCAGAAGAAAAAACAACAACAGCAGCAACAGCAGCAGAAAAAAAAGAAGAAGGCUUUGUUUGAAGGAGAGAAGAACCCAAACAAAAUAGAGGAAGGGGUGGAACUGAACAGGUGGAAUGACGUUAAUGAGCAAGAAAAUGAUGGAAACAUAAAGGAACGAAAGCAAAUAGAAGAAGAUGAGAACGAAGUAGGCGGACAAGCGGGAGAAGAAGAAGAAGAAGAAGAAGAAGACGAGGGAAUGGUGCAAGAAUUGACACCUCAUGAGGUAAUGGUUCAUCAAAACUCCUUCAAGGCCACGUAUUCCGAAGAAGAAAUAUUGCAAAUGGAAAAUGAGUUUCUAGCUGGUAUUCGCAGCAAAUCAUCACAAUGGCCUCAAGAUGUUGGGUUGGCUAGGCGGACGAAAAAAUUUUCUGAGUUUAAAGUGGUGAAGGAGAUGGGUGAAGGAGCCUAUGGUAAAGUUGUUCUUGCUCAACAUAAAGAAGAUCCAGUCUACAAGAUCAUUAUAAAGUGUAUUGAUAAGGAAAGAAUUCUUGUUGAUACAUGGGUAAGAGAUCGUAAGUUGGGUACAAUCCCCAGUGAAAUCCAGAUUAUGGCAUUCCUCAACUCCGAGCCACACCCAAACAUCAUGAGGAUUGUUGAUUUUUUUGAGGAUCUGAAAUAUUACUAUCUUGAAACCCCCAUUUUUGGAGACCCACCUGCGAUCGAUUUGUUUGACUAUAUAGAGGUCAAAAAGGAUUUGACCGAAACAGAUUGCAAAUUUAUCUUCAAACAAGUUGUGUCAUCAAUAUACCAUUUGCACAAGCAAGGAAUAGUCCAUAGAGAUAUCAAGGAUGAGAAUGUCAUUGUUGAUGAAAAGGGACUCAUCAAGCUCAUUGACUUUGGGUCAGCUGGGUAUGUCAAGCAAGGACCAUUUGAUGUGUUUGUUGGAACUAUAGAUUACGCAUCACCAGAAGUUUUGCGCGGAGAGAAGUAUGAAGGGAAACCGCAGGAUAUAUGGGCUUUGGGAAUUUUGCUUUAUACAAUGUUGUACAAAGAGAAUCCAUUUUACAAUGUUGAUGAAAUCAUGGAGGGUGAUUUGAGGAUCCCAUACGUUGUGAGCGAAACAAGUUUAGCUUUGAUCAAGAAAAUUUUGGUUAGAGAUGUGGCAAAAAGACCAACAAUUACAGAUAUAGUAGAGUCAGAUUGGUUGCAAUCUGAAUAA